AUAGGGAUGUGGGUUUAAUGUCUAGGUAUUGAAAAAACAGUCUUUAAUGGAGAAUUUUGAUAAUUGUGAUUAAUUAAUGUGCACCGACUAGGGAUUAUACGGUGACAUGUCGUAUGGAAGAGUAGUGGAAAGAAGGAAGGUGGGGAUUGUUUUGUCAAACAGUUACUGAAUUUGUAUAAUAAUAAAAAAAUAUUUUGCUAUUUUUCAAGAAAGGGUGAGGAACACCACAUCACAAGUUGUGCAUAUAUUGCCUUCUUUCCUUCCCACUUUCUUCACUCCUGAGCUGCUGCUGUUCUCUCAUCCUUCAUUCAUUCUGUGAUGCAGAGCAUUGGCAGUCUGUGUCUGUCUGUGCUGUUGUGUUAUUCUUGCAGCUAGGGAUGUGCUCAGAUUAGUUGAAGGGCUUGCUUUUGAUGGGCAUUGUGGAUUGGGGAUUUCUAGCGUGCAAUUAGAGCAUUAGAGCUAUUUUCUAAAGCCAUUGUCCUAAUUCUCUACGAUUGGACUCAUAAGCAUAUACACUGUGUACUGCAUUUUGUGAAUGCUUAAUGUGUUGUGUUUCCUGUGCUGUAAUUCCGAGAAGCUGCAUUGUGGAUUGUGUGGUGUUUUGAAGCUUUUUAGAUCUGUGUUUUAGUUGUGGAGAGUGUAUGCCGUGCCCUUGCUCAAACUUGAGCUAUUGCUUCAGUUUAGAUCUGUAUUUUCGGCAUAUCUGAUAGCAGUCUAUAAAAGUAUCUUUUUCCUUCUUUUUUUCUUUUUUUAAUUAUUGAAGUAUGUUACACUUGUAGAUCAGGGGCAUUCAUUACGUGGUGUUGUUUCUGCAUUGAAUACAUUUGUGGGCGCCCUGAUUGAUACACACACUGAAGUUGCACACCCAUCUAAGCUAAUUUCGUUACCAUCUCUGUCUCUAUGGUCUUUUCCCAUUGCAUGUUCUAUCUGAAAAAUCUUUCAGUUGUGUCAUUGUCAUAAAAGUUCAGGUUUGAAGUGGGUUUCUGCUACUCUAUUGAAUUGUAGAUUUUCAAUGGCUUCAAGUCUUUGCAUUUUGGUGCUGGCCCUUUGCAUUGGAGCCGCAGUAGCAGGGCAUGACUAUGGUGCUGCCCUUAGCAAAAGCAUCCUUUUUUAUGAGGCACAGAGAUCUGGCCUUCUUCCUGCCAAUCAGAGAGUCACCUGGCGUUCUCAUUCUGGUCUCCAAGAUGGGAAGGCGAAUGGGGUUGAUCUCGUAGGAGGCUAUUACGAUGCCGGAGAUAACGUCAAAUUUGGCCUGCCAAUGGCAUUUACAGUGACAAUGCUAUCAUGGAGUGUUAUAGAAUAUGGUAAGCAAAUGGCGAGCAGUGGGGAGUUGGGUCAUGCAAUGGAUGCUAUCAAAUGGGGUAGUGAUUAUCUUAUCAAAGCUCACCCAGAGCCUGAUGUAUUGUAUGGAGAGGUGGGCGAUGGCAGCUCAGAUCAUUAUUGUUGGCAAAGGCCAGAGGAUAUGACCACUCCUCGCCAAGCAUACAGAAUUGAUGCAAACAAUCCAGGCUCAGAUCUUGCAGGAGAAACAGCUGCUGCAAUGGCUGCUGCUUCAAUAGUUUUCAGACACUCAAAUCCUGCAUACUCUAAUGAGCUUCUCAGUCAUGCUAGACAGCUCUUUACAUUUGCUGAUAAAUACAGAGGCAAAUAUGAUAGCAGCAUCACCGUUGCACGGAAGUACUAUGGUUCUAUGAGUGGAUAUGCGGAUGAGCUUCUUUGGGCGGCCGCAUGGCUUCAUGAAGCUACUGGGGAUCUAUCUUACAUGGAGUACCUAAUUAACAAUGCUGGUCCCCUUGGUGGAACUGGGUGGGCAAUGACGGAAUUCAGUUGGGAUGUCAAGUAUGCCGGAGUUCAAGUUCUGGCAUCCAAGUUCCUUAUGCAAGGUAGAGGAAAGCAAAGUGAGGCUGUAUUGCAAGGUUACCAGGAAAAAGCAGAGUACUUCCUCUGUGCAUGUAUGCAGAAAGGAAAUCGAAAUGUGCAGAGAACACCUGGUGGGCUUCUGUAUGUGCAGAAAUGGAACAAUAUUCAGUUUGUGACAAGUGCCUCUUUUCUCCUCUCAGUUUAUUCUGAUUACCUUACUUCUGCUGGCAAAAGCGUGCAAUGCCCGAUGGGAUCUGUGCAGCCCUCAGAGCUUCUAGCCUUAGCCAAAUCUCAGGUUGAUUAUAUCCUUGGAGACAACCCUAGAGCAACGAGCUAUAUGGUUGGAUAUGGCAGCAACUAUCCCAGCCAAGUUCACCACAGAGCUUCGUCUAUAGUAUCAUACAAAGUGGACUCAUCAUUUGUGAGCUGCAAGGGGGGUUACGCAACUUGGUUUAGCAGGAAGAGCAGCGACCCUAAUGUUUUGGUGGGUGCUAUUGUUGGAGGUCCUGAUGGGAAUGAUAAUUUCGCAGAUGAAAGAGACAACUAUGAGCAGACAGAGCCUGCCACUUAUAACAAUGGCCCUCUAAUUGGUCUUUUGGCCAGACUAAAUAGAGGUGCUGGCUUCAAUCAGCUCCUUCCAGUUGUUGUUCCUGCCCCAACAAACACACCCACGACAUCUCCAUCUCCAGCAACCACGCCAAAACCAUCUCCUUCCCCAGCAGGCAACACUCCACUUGUGGUAUCACAGACAGUGACCUCCUCUUGGGGCUACAGCGGACGGACUUACUACAGAUAUUCUGCACUUAUAACAAACAAAUCUAAGCAAACUGUGAAGAACCUUAAGCUGGCAAUUCAAGGGCUUUAUGGCCCUGUUUGGGGUUUGUCAAAAACAGAAGACUCCCUUUACAGCUAUCCCAAAUGGUUACAAUCCCUUUCCCCAGGGCAGAGUUUUGAUUUUGUCUACAUACAUGCAGGUCCUCAAGCUUCCAUCUCUGUAUCUAGUUAUGACUUGAAUUGAUCUGAACCGUGUUUUCUGUUCUACGUUUUAUGGUAUUUAUAGUUUAAUAGGAAAGAGUCACAGGCAGAGUCAUCAAUUUGUCGUUCUAUAUGAGUUCCUGGUCAUUUGACAGGUAUUAGUCUCGCAAGUGAACUAAUCCACCUCGAGUGUUUUGAGUCCUAUCCAUUCCGUUGCCUUUCUUCAUUGAAGAUUUUAAUGCCUCCUAAAUCAGGUCUGUACAGUCUUGUGAACAAAAAAGUAUUGUUAUAGUAUUGUUUGAGGCAGAUAAGAGGAGAAUGAAGUGAAGAGAGAAUUACUGUGCUCAUCCUUCAGCUCCUUAUUGUUCAUCUCAAGUCCCAUUGUCCAUUUACUGCUGCAUUUACUGCUGUCAAGGUAACUGUUAUAUAUGUGCAUGUGUUGUUUUUAUGGUCGAUAUCUCCAUCUUUGUAAAACUGAGUGAAGAGGAUUAAAAUUGAGGGAAGAAGAUUUUGCUGGGCCUAGCACCACUCUCUGCAAGAAAGUAGAGAUGUUGAGAAGUUAUAGGUCUACUGCCUUUUUUUGUAAGUUUUUGUUUUGAAGAUGUGAUUUAAUGGAGAAGUGAUUUUAUUGUUAAA